CGUAGCAGUCUGAAGGAGCCAUUUUGUUUAAAGCGUUGUGAUACGGAGGGUAGUUCGCGCAGGCGCGGUGCGGCGUAAACACCGUAUUACGGGCAGUAAUCGUACGCCAGUCGCUGCGGGCGGUCGUGUCGCGUCGUGUCGGAUCGUGUGUGCCGUGUGCUCAAAUACAUUGUCAAACUGUGGAUUUUUCCUGUGUUUCUUAAGAUGAGGGCGCCGUGACCACGGACGGGCUGCUCAGCGCCCUGGCCCGCCUGCGUCGCAACCCUCACCCCCACCCGUCCCCUAUCCCCGCACGUACCGCGGAUGGGCGUCACCAAUCUCCCAAAAUCCAGCCGCCUCGACCCACCCCUGAACGCGCCGCAGGUGCCGACGAGAGCAUGACAGUGGCACGCGGCGAUGGCUCCCCGGAGCGACUCGGAGGUGCGUUACGCCGGCUACACUAUAAAGCCACCAGGCGGGCGCACUCUGUCGGGCGACACCAUACAAACACACCACCCAAGGUGGUCGUCAUGGGCAGCAGCACGACGUCAGACAAGACCAUCAACACCAGUACCGACUCGGCGGCGACCGCGCUCACGUCCGUCACCGGCACCGAUGACUCCAUGGACGCGGAGCCCGAGGGCGCCGCCAACCUCAUCGACUGUGCGCCCAUACAGCCCAUACCGCAGGAACCCCCCAGCACAGCCCCUCCUCACUACCACAGAGCGCAAGACAGUUCAGAAAUAGACUCCCCAUCCUACACCAAGCCGCAGUCGGCCACAGACAUAUUAGACUCCCCACGGCCCGGCCCGGCGCGCUUCGUUUUCGACGUGCCACUGCCAGAACCAAAGAAAGAAGAGCGAAAACCAAGAUCAGAAAAAAGAAACAAAACUACAGUCCAAGAAACAGCUCCUUCAACAUCCAUACAAAUCCCUUACGACUCCAAAAUGGAGAUGCCAAAAAGCCCAAAAAUAAAUCAAACUAAAUACGAAACGCAUUUUAAAUUUGAGCCAGAGAAAAGGAGGGCAAGUGAGAAAUUUGAGCUAGACAAAAGAAGGGGGAGUGAGAAAUUUGAGCCGGAGAAGAGAAGGGGGAGUGAAGCGAGGAAACAGAAGGAUAAGGAGUAUUAUAAGGAUGAUGUGGCGAAAUUGAGGAGGCAGUUGGAGGGGACGGAGGUUUUCACGAGGGCUAGGAGGAGAUCGUCGGCGCAUCAGCAUUCGGUGCCGCCGCCGUGUUCGAGAAGGCAGUCUACAGCGGCCCAAGUCCAUGUAACAGCCAACCCUUUGGACGCCGCCAGCUCCAUGCCCCCCGGCCGUACAACCAUCGUCGUCCAGCAACCGUCUCUUUCCCUCGACUACGGCGGCUGCGCGACUAUCCUCGUGCGAGAGGGAGAUGACUGCAGGCGAAAAAGCCGCGUCUGCAGCGACCACAUACAGCAGCUGCUUGAUGUGACGAGUCACUUCACCAGUGAGGACGUGGACGAGUUUGACAAGAGGUACGGCAGCCCGCAUCAUGCCCGGUCGCAGUCGGUCAAGGCAGCGCGAUCGCGAACGGGCGAGCGUCAACUACUGGGGCUGCCCCAGCAAAGGGCGCGAGUGGCGUCUAUGCCCAAUACUGGGGUGGAGGAGGAGUACUACAGACUCAGGCAUUUUAGUAUAACGGCUGCAGCUGACACGACUGACGGUACCAACACCACCACCACCACCACCACUUGGUGCUGCCAGUGCUGGUUGUCCACCAUUAAAGCAGGCGGCGGCGGCGUCGGCGGCAGUGGCUGUAUCAUCAUCAUGUCUAUGACAUCAUUCACAAUUAGUGUGAGCGGUAACGAGCCUGUGUUGAAUGUAGACUUUCAACCGGCUCUAGAAUUGGACAUUGAUGGUUUUUACGAGUGUGCUCUCGUGUACUUUAAGACUUUCAACACUAUUCCCAAUGUUGAUAAGAGCAAUAAUCUGUUUCACUAUGGGGAUGAUAUAAUCGCAAUUCCUGAAGGUUCAUACGAGCUCUCCAGCAUAAUACACUUGUUGAAGGAGGAAAUGUCAAAGAGGACUAAAGGGUCAGAGGGUGAAGGAAUGGUGGCAGUGGCAGACAUCUUGAGUCAAAUAUUAGUGGAGGGCACAGUGGAGAAAGGAUGUCUACUGGUGAACAAUGGUGCUGCAUUUUUAUUUCAAGACAUUCGUUAUGAAUUGAACGGUGUGGAGAUUGAUCAAGCGAGAAACUGCGGUAUCACGUCCACCAUGAAGGGACUAGUCUCCUACACCAAGGAAAUGGAUCAUAGUCUUCAGACGGCGGGGUGGGAAGUUGGCGCCAAAAAGAUACAUGACAAGUUUACUGUAACUAUACCACUAUCUCAUAUCUUGGGUUUCGCCGAGGACUAUAAGAAGGUUAUAAUGAAUGGGAAACACGAGUUGAUAUUGAAUCGCGCCAGUACAGAUGUAAACUGUUUAGAUUUAGCAGCCGUUGAUGCCAACACGCGGUUGGGGGAGAAACGCAGUCGAGUUAGCGAUGAAGAGCUACCACUACGAGCUAAAGAUGACGCAUCAACCUCCAAAAAGCGAAAAUGUGAUAUAUGUGAAACAGAUGUCACGUCAUUACAUAAUCACCUGAAGAGUGCAAUGCAUAAACAGAGUCUAAAAUGUGAGAUGUAUGAUGGAGAUACGGAAAUAGUAACAUCCGCUUUCAAGAGCCGGAUAAUCUCAUAUAGACUGUUUUCGAAGGAUGAAUAUCUGACUCCUGAAGAUUUCAUGGAGAGUGUACGCCUGCGAGUUAUUAACCUUAUAGAGGAGAACAUUUCUAGGGUUAAGAGCGCUGUUAAGGUGAAUUUAGAACUCUUCGGACGAUACAGUAAAUGGAUAAAGGUUAAUGAUAAUGAUCAGGAGGUGGAGGAGGUGAAAUCUUUCAAUACUAAGAAUAAAGUGAUUUCAUUAGAUGCUAGCAAAAUAAAUAAAAUAUAUCAAUCGUUUAUGGAGGAGAUCCGAGUCAAGGCUGAAGACUUUCAAGAACGUGACAGUGGGUGGGCUAUAAGUAAAGUGCUGCAUCUAGAAGUGAAUAUUAAUAAGUAUCAACCCUUGCAAGGAUCAUCGUACAUCCCCCUUCCAAAGUGGGUGCAAGCGAGGAAGGCCUGUAUUAAUGUUAAAAAUGAUGAUAACGCAUGCUUUGCGUGGGCCGUUGUUAGUGCUCUCUACCCUGACGACGAAUCUGGUGAGCGGUCAGUCUGCGUGCUGCUAGCUGGUGAAGAGUCUGAGAUCACCUUUAUGGACGCGCCCGCCGAUCAGCUCGUGACGGACGGCUGCGCCCACGGCUAUUGCGUAGUCUAUUCAACAGCCGAACGCAGUAGCUUUGCCGAAGCCGAGCGAAGUCUGCAAGGACUUUGGGCGGCGGGUCAUACAGCGCGGCGAGCCGUCAUACUGGUGGGCAACAAGGCUGAUUUGGCACGGUCGAGAGCUGUUAACACGGAUGAGGGCAAAUCGCUAGCGACCUCAUACGAGUGUAAGUUCAUUGAGACCUCCGUCGGCAUCAAUCACAAUGUGGAUGAGUUGCUAGUGGGAUUACUAACGCAAAUACGACUGAAACAGCAACACGCCGAGCGAGUUAGAAAACGCAGCACUACGCGCAAAAAUCGUGGGCGCGCGCGCUCUCCCCAAAAUGAUGUUACGGCGCCCGCGCCGCCGCAGUCCGUGUCCGCCGCAAGUACGCCGAGAAAACGCACGCGGCUAUCUGCUAGCGUUAAGGUGCGAGGCCUCCUGGGCCGCGUGUGGGCCCGGGACUCGAAGUCCAAAUCGUGCGAAAACCUGCACGUGCUCUAGCACUCGGCCGCCGACCCUAUCGCCUGCUUCCCGUUCUUCGACUGCGCCACUAGCUACGCUUAGAAUUCUACAAACCUCAGCAAUAUUGCGAGGAAUGAACUACUAGCUACGCUUAGAUUUCUAUUACAAGUGUCAACUGAAGCACUUUUUGUUUGACUGAGCCGCUAGCUACAGGUUGAUUCACGAAAGCUGUCACGAAUGGAAUGAAUGAAACUUUCAUUGCAUGAGUGACACCUGUGUCGGUAUACAGUCAGAGCCACCAUUUUGUUAGUUAAUGUUAUAACAUAGAUUUUUCCACCCA